CAUGACCUCUCCAGACUAUUCAAAACAAGGCUACACGGACAUCAUCGUCACCCUAGAGGGGUCCAUCCUCACCAUCCUCAUCAACAAUGCCAAGAGGAGGAACACGUUGACGAAAACCCUUUGGACCGACCUGGUUCGCGUCUUCCAGCUCUCCGACAAGGACGACCGCGUUCGUGUCGUUAUCCUCACUGCUGAACCUACAGCGCCAGCGUACUGCUCUGGGGUUGACAUUUCGGGUGGGUGGGGUAGUCUGUGGAAGCCGGAGGAAGAGAAAGAGGGCGAACAUGCCCAUCGCGACAUGGGAGGACAACUGUCAAUGGCCGUCUACAACAACCGUAAAAUCACAAUCGCUGCAGUAAACGGGCAUGCGGUCGGAGUUGGUAUGACUGCCAUGCAGUUGCCAUUCGACAUCCGUUUCGCUUGGGAAGGGGCGAAGCUCGCGUUCCCAUUCGUACGACGCGGCAUCGUUCCCGAAGCCACCUCUUCAUACCUCCUUCCCCGCCUCCUCGGCACCUCACGCGCCAACGCACUCAUCCUCACCGGAGCGACCGUCUCUCCCACCUCGCCACUCAUCCGCGACCUCUACUAUGAGGUCCUGUCCACCCGCGAGGCUGUCUACCCCGCUGCCAAGGCCCUUGCCCAGGACCUCGCAGCGAACACGUCCCAGCUUGCCAUUGCCUACGCCAAGGGGUUACUGCAGCACUCGGGCGACUCGAUCGAGGAGAACCAUAUCCAUGAUUCGCGUGCGAUGCGACUCCUCGCGGCCUCUCCGGAUGGUUCGGAAGGCGCGCUUGCGUUUAAGGAGAGGAGGCUGCCGAAGUUCAGUGCGACGUUGGCGAAGGACAUUUCCCCAUGGUUCCCUUGGCAAACGCCCACCUUUGCCGCAUCCUCGGAACCGAACCACAAUCCUUCAUCCAGCCUUCUCGGAUUAUUGACUUCGAGCCCACUGGACCUCAAACAAGAUUCUGUGACUUCACCACCGACGACAGUCUUAACUGCCUACGUUGUAGUGGACCUUAACACACCCGCUCUGAUGGCUCGCGUCCGCGCACUCGAAGCAGAGAAGGAGAGUCGUCAACCUGAAGCUGCACAAGACACAUCGAAGUUGCCGCAUCAUCCUGCUCCUGUUGCCCCCCCUGUGCAUCCCUCCGCCUCGUUGCCGGCCCCACAAUCAAGCCACGAUGACAUAUUUGGCAUGCUCGAGAAAUUCCAGUCAAGGUUAGAGGAGACUGAAGCGCAGAGGAAGAAGGAUGCGGAGACGGCUGAAGCGCAGAGGAAGAAGGACGCGGAGACGGCUGAAGCGCAGAGGAAGACAGACCAGACGGACGCCAAGAACCAGUUCCGCAAGCUGGAAAUGAAUCUACAGGAACUGGAGCACAAGGUCAAGCGGCUCGAACAGAAUGCCAACGAUAGAGAACUGGAGCGGAAACAGAAGCACGAGGCCAUGCAACGACGCAUUGAAAGCCUUGCUGACGAUAUUGAGGCGACGACAGAUUUCCUUUUAGUCGGGGACGAGGCCGGACUUGAUCGAAUUAAACGCAGAAACUUACUUGCCCGCGCCCAAUCCUCACUUGCUGUGCACCUUGGGCUGACUAAUGAACAACACUUCACCUCGUUGUCCUUCCGGGAGGUUCUUGGUCCUUCAUCCACUCUCGAGGAACGACGCCAACGUCUCUCUGAGAUGUUGAAGGAGAAGAAGGAUGAGAUACCCAGCCAAGCUGCACUCCUCCUGACCAAGCCCGCCGCCCUUGAGCUACUGGCUGAGCGGUUUCCCAAGGUAAGACUUGAUGACGAUCAAGUUGCUCAUGGCCAUCGUCAACGGAGCUGGUAUGAGGGCUCAGUUUUCCGUUCAGUAGGAACAGACAAGGCUGCGUUGAUGAGCCUCCUUGACUUUGUUUUGCCAGUAGGACAGUA